UGCCUUUCUCUUUGUUGGAACCUAACAAUGAAGAGGAUCCAUUUAAAACUGUUGUGAUAUGACAGUUGAUUCUAAAUUUGAACUGAUAGAAUGAAUGAUGAAAUAUAUGAAAAGAGAGGGAUGGGGGAAGUAUUCAUAUUAUAUCUGAAUGCACCAACUAAAAUCAUUCUGAAGCUAAUAAGUUUUUACAGUGAUAGUGACUAUGUCAGAAAUCAGAGGGGAGAAAUAUAUGCUUGACAAAUUGCUGGAAAAACUGGCUGGUGCUGAUUACCCUUAUUGUGAAGAAGUAUCGAAAUAUGAGAGAUUAGCGAAGAUAGGACAGGGCACAUUUGGGGAAGUCUUUAAAGCCAGACAUCGGACAUCACAAAAAAUCGUUGCCCUGAAGAAAGUUCUGAUGGAAAAUGAGAAAGAAGGAUUUCCUAUCACUGCUCUAAGGGAAAUCAAAAUCCUACAAUUGCUUAAACAUGAAAAUGUGGUGAAUUUGAUAGAAAUUUGCCGCACUAAAGGUAAAUAUCAAAACGAAGCAUCACCAUUCAAUCGUUCCAAAUCAACCUUUUUCUUGGUGUUUGAUUUUUGUGAGCAUGAUUUGGCUGGCCUAUUAAGCAAUGUGAAAGUUGUGUUUUCCAUUGGUGAGAUUAAAAUGGUUAUGAAACAACUCUUGAAUGGACUGUACUUUAUUCACAGUAAUAAAAUAUUGCACAGAGACAUGAAAGCAGCUAAUAUUUUAAUAACCAAGACAGGAACUCUGAAACUUGCUGACUUUGGAUUAGCUCGAGCUUUCAGUGCAAGCAAAAAUGGACAACCAAACCGAUACACUAAUAGAGUGGUUACUUUAUGGUACAGACCACCUGAGCUCUUGCUUGGUGAGCGUAAUUAUGGACCUUCUGUUGAUAUGUGGGGUGCUGGUUGCAUAAUGGCCGAAAUGUGGACUCGUAGUCCUAUCAUGCAGGGUAGUACUGAACAACAUCAGCUGACAUUAAUCAGUCAGUUGUGUGGCAGUAUAACACCAGAAACAUUUGCAGGUGUAGAAAAACUUGACUUGUAUACUAAAAUGGAACUCCCCAAGAAUCAAAGGCGAAAAGUAAAAGACAGACUUAUGAUAUAUGUUAAAGAUGCUCCUUCCCUUGAUCUUUUGGACAAAUUACUUACAUUGGAUCCUGCCAAGAGAAUAGAUAGUGAUACAGCCCUCAAUCAUGAUUUCUUCUGGUCAGAUCCAUUACCCAGUGAUUUGACAAAGAUGCUUUCACCUUAUACUCAGUCUAUGUUUGAAUAUUUGUUUUCAAAGAAAAAGAAUGAGCACAAUAGACAUGCUGGACCAGGUGGACAUCACAAUAAAGCUCACCCUACUGCCAAUGAUGGCCAGUAUCAUGAUCGUGUCUUUUAGACUUAAUUGUUGCAAUUGGAAAUAUUGCAACAAUUUUAUUCCAUCAGUUUAUGAUGGCCAAUUUAUUUCAGGCUUGUGAUAGUAAGUUGGGUUGUUGUAAGAAGUAUUUUUUGUUUUUAAAAUAUUGUGUUCUUGGAACAAACAGAUGGUGUAUAAUGUAUUUAUUAUGUUGAAUUAAAAAUCGAAAUUUUAUUCCCUAUGCUUGAAGUUAUGAAUUUCAAACCUGCACAAGUCUGUGAAUAAACAUUUUCUAAAAAAAUUCUAAAAAAAAAGCUAUUCCUAACAACUGUGUUGUUGGCCUUGGUUCAGGCUUCACAAUUUAAUUGCGAGACCAAGAGUGUGAUAGUAGGUCGAUAUUUUUGCACCUGCUGCCUCUACUUCACAGUCAUAGGAUAGGCUUCUUGCCACCACCAGGGAUAGAACCCUGGUCCUUCAUAGUAACAGCGCAAAUUACUUUUAUUAAUCAUUCAUUCGUUUAAAUUCAAUCAUUCAUUCACUCAUUUAUAUUCAUUCAAAACAAUUCUAUUCUGUCAUUCAUUCUUAUUCCUUCAUUAAUUCAUUUAAAUUCAAUCAUUUACUCUCAUUCACUCAUUCAAAUUCAAUCAUUCAUUUGUUAUUUCACUCGAAUUCAAUCAUUAAUCCUGAUUUAUUAAUCAUCAUUCAUUAGUUUAAUUAUCGAAUUAAUAGUUUGAUAAAUUAAAUUGUCAAAAUUAGUUGAAUUAUCAGCCUUUCAUCCCUUCAGUGGGUUGAUAAAUGAGUACCAAGCAUGCUUGGGAACUAAACACUGUGGGUUCCACUUUCGGCUAACCACCUAACCGGAGCAUCUCUUCCUGCACCCCAGGUCGAGAAAACUGAGAUGGGCACAGUAGGCUGGCCCUCUAUGGGCUGUCGCGCCACUGAGUUAAGUUUUAAUUGAAUUAACAAAUAAUUUUAUCUUUGAUUGAUUAAUACUUACUCUGUAAAGGAAUCAAGAAUGGUGUGUGCGGUCCUUUUCACGUUAUACUCACUUGUGUUGUUUUGAAAUUUAAAACUUUAGUUAUUUACCUUCAAUUUUCUAUGAUCUACUUAAAAAUGUAUUUUAUAUAAUUGUUUACUUGGAUUGUGUAUUAACUUAUGUCUACACUUGCCUCAGUAUACUGUUUUUUUAUGAAUUUAUUUUGACUUUUACAUUGUUACUUUUAGCAGAGGGGAAAAAAUGUAUUUAUCUUUCAAGGAAGUGGUGAAAUUUUAACUGUUUAAAAUAAGUUUAGUGAACGUAAUUAACUGUGUGUGAACAAAUUCAUCAAAAAAACUGGAUCCUUGAAGCUGUUGAACUUCAAGGCAUUUAUUGCUUUUUGUGUUAAGUGACCAGUGAAGUAUAAGAGAAAAAAUUAAGGUUGGUUAAAACAAUCUUUCAAGUUGACAACCAUAUUCAUUGAUAUGAAAUAUUUUACUCGCAUUAGGAAUGAAAAUAUUUUACUCAAGUUAGGAAUGAAAUAUGUUUGAAACUGUACAACUAUGAACAAUAGGGAAAUUGUAAUUUUAGUUUUGCAAACUAGGAUGCAGAGUGUGAAGAGAUAGAGUAAGACACUAAAUUUCUUUUUAUCAAAGAAAAAAAAACUUUGUAAAUUUAAAAAAAUUAAUUUUUUAAAAGUUUUUAUAAAUAUUAGAUAGUUGCAAUUUUUAUUUUAGUUAUAAUCCAAUUGUUUUGUUGGUUGAUGUCAGUAAUUAUUUCUUUACCCAGUGAUUGUGAUACAUGCCCAGAUGUUCAGCGGCACAACAUUAAUGCUUCAUAGAGGUCAUGGAGUAAGGUCAGCUCACACUGUACAUAUGAGAUUUUAUACAUAAUUUGGGACAAAUGAGGAGGAGCUUUGGCCUGCGUUAAAAUCAUUUAAAACAAUCAAAUUGUCAAAAGAUUAAACUAAUCUUCACAAACGGUUAUUUUUUUCACACUGCUCACAUUGAUGACCCUGAACUGGCAAGAAAGUAUUUAUCGAUACAAAUUUAAAUCUAAUGGUUUGGUAAUAAUAUUGCUUCAAAUUGCAACGCAAUUGUGAAAAGCCAAGCACAUAUUCUUUACAAAAGGAUUGUUAAAGCUGUUUUUUUUUUCUUUUCUUUUUUUGAAAACUCUAGUUUUUUUAUUUAUUUAUUUUUCUGGAUUAUUUGUUAGAUACCAUAAUUUGUUGAAAAUUUGCCUGUUACUUGUUGAAAAUCUGUCUCCCUGUUGAUUUGUUUGAUUUUACAUGUUAAGAAUUGUCAGGAUUUAUCUGAAUAAUAUUUCAGAAUAUGCUAUGACAAAACGAAGCAAGUUUAAGAUCUGUAAUGCCCAGAAAUUUAAUUUAAAUUUUAAUAUUACUUACAAUACUUCUUCUUGAUCAGCUAUUUUACCAUAUAGCAUCUACCUAUUUUUCCCCAGGAAAGAUAACAUAUCCCACGUCGAUAACAGAUCUCACGUAGGAUGAACAAUUAAUAGGUUGAAUAAAAAGACAUCUUUUACGCUCAACAGUAUGACCUUGUGUCAAUUGUGUAUUAUUCUGCGUUGUAUAAAAUAAAUGUUUUACAAAAAUUUAUUUUUUUGUUUUUAUAAGUUUAACGAAAAAUAUGAGAUUGAAAAUCAUUUAUUUCUCAUAACAAGCUAAGACAAUGUUUCACUCAAUUUCGGGUGUGAUAUUAUACUUUUUCUUAUGCCUUAGUAACUUAGGAUCUGACUUGAAGCAAAUUGUAAGACAUGAAAAAUUUUAAGACUUACUUAAAGCAGAUUAUUAUAUCUUAGUAUUUUUCAAUCAGACACGAAAGGAAUUAUAAUAACUAAGAGACUCAGAGCCUGACAUAAAGUAAAUUGUAAUACAAUAAGUGAAAUCGCAUGCGGAUUUCCUCGACAAUCACAUGAUAAAUCGCAACCUUUUUAAUUGUAAAAUAAACAGUUUUAGAAUAUUGAUGUUUUCAGUGUUCAUUCUCAGUAACUAGCCCUGAUGAUUGGGAGUAUAUUCUGCAUUAUUUAACAUUUGUAUUCAACUUUUCAAUGCAAUUACAAUAGAAGUUAGAAAAUUAUUAUUGCUUACAUUCUAAUUCAAUGUAAUUUACCAAAUGUUAUUUUUAUUUUGUGUUUGUCAAGCAUUCCAAAAGAAUCCCUAAUUUUUAUGUAUGAGUUGACUAAAAUUUUAAUAAUAUGUCAUUCUGUGAUUUUAAUAAAUUUAGAAUGGGCUUGUUAUAUUUAUAUCUUAAUUUGAUGAAAAAUUGUUUAUAAUAAUUAAGUAGUUUGUUUUUAAUUUUUGUAAUUUCUUUUUAUUUUAAAAAUAAAGAGUUUCAUAUGUAUUUCUGUUUGUUUUAUCUAAUGUAGGCAAUAAGAUAAUGGUUAUUGUCAUUUUUUAUUAAAAGGAGUUACCAUAGUUUUUUAUAUUAAUAAAAAAUUUUUUUUCC